AUGGAUCCCAUUGAGGCAGCCCCAGAGGCGGCCCCAGAGGCUCUUCCGCUCGACUCCCUAAACGUCACCGACGACGCUUCCGCCGAAAUCACCAUCAAAUUCCCUCCCGAGAAACACAACCAGACCUGGAUCUUCUCCCCAACCGACACCUUCGAGCACCUCCUCCAGACUCUCUCCCUCGAGUUCCCCUCCUACGACUGGUCCAAAGCCAAAGCCCUCCCCGAGAAGCCCAAACACCAACACCAGCCCAACCCCGACCACCCCAAACUCAAACCCCUCUACACCCCCUCCUCCGACGCCUCCCUCCCCCUCUCCAACCUCCACCAAACCACCCUCCGCCUCCUCGCCCCCCAACUCUCCGCCCUCACCACCCUCCAGACCCAACACACCACCGCCACCACCUGGCAAGCCAAACGCGCCCUCACCCUAUCCCGCUACUCCCGCCUCCCUCAAUCCCAACGCGCCACCGCCGCCGACCUCUCCUACACCUUCCACACCCUCCGCCCCCUCCCCCAUCUCCCCAAUCCCGACCGUUCCCUCGCCUUCCUCGAACGCCUCAAGUCCGACCCCGGCAUCCGCGCCGCCAUGCGCAAACGCCACUUCUCCGUCGGUUUACUGACGGAAAUGGAUCCGUCAGCAAACACGUCUGCGUCACACGAAGGGGUGACGCGGAUCUUGGGACUGAACCGCAACAAGGGGGAGGUGAUUGAGCUGCGGUUACGGACGGAUGCGUAUGAUGGGUGGCGGGACUACAAGACGAUUCGGCGGACGUUGUGUCAUGAGCUGACGCACAAUGUGUUUUCGGAACAUGAUGGACAGUUUUGGGCGUUGUGUCGGGAGAUUGAGAGGGAGGUGGAGAGGGGGGAUUGGAAGAGUGGAGGGAAGAGUAUGGGUGGGGGGGAGUUUGCGCCGGAACGGGGGGUAGAGGAGGAGGGGAUGGUGAUGGAUCAUGGGGGGUGGGAAGGGGGAACGUAUGUUCUUGGUGGGGGAGGUGGUGGUAGUACUGCUGGGAGUGGUGGGAAUGGGGAGAAUGGGGGGUUGACUGCGAGGGAGGUGAGAGCUAGAGCGGCGGAGGCGAGGUGGUCGAAUCUGGAGAAGGCGACGAGACAGGGGGGACAGGAAAAGGGGGCGGAGGAGGAGAAGGAAUAG